AUGAGAUUUGUACAAUUUUGUUACAAAACUAAAUUACCAAGACUUGGGAUUCAAUUAGAGCCAAAUGGAAAAAUAGUGGAUUUAAAUGCAAAUAAUUCAAACCUACCAAAUUCAUUAUUAGAAUUAAUUAGGGGAGGAAAUGAUCUUUUAACUGAUGUUAAAAAAACUCUAAAAAGUUCAUCUGAAUCAAUUUUACAAGAAGAUGUUAAAUUACUGCCUCCAAUAACAAAUCCAGAUAAAAUCAUUUGUGUUGCCCUCAAUUAUAAAGAUCAUUGUAAUGAAUAUGGAUUGCCAUUUCCUCAAGAACCUAUAUUUUUUUCUAAAUUUAGUAGCUGUAUUAUUGGACCUAAUGAUAAUAUUAAAUAUCCUCCUGCCUCUUCAAAAGUUGAUUGGGAGGUAGAACUAGCUGUUGUCAUUGGGAGAAAAGCAUAUAAUAUACCUGAAACUACAUCGUCUGAUUACAUAUUUGGCUAUACUAUAGCUCAAGAUAUAUCAGCCAGAGAUUGGCAAAAAAUGUUUAAUGGAGGACAGUUUUUACUUGGAAAGGCAAUGGAUACAUUUUGCCCAUUAGGUCCAGCUGUUGUAAAAAAAGAAUAUAUAAAAGAUGUAUAUAAUUUAGGUCUUAGAACAAAAGUAAAUGAUGAAAUAAAACAAGAUUCAAACACAAAGAAUUUAAUUCAUCCAAUAAGUUAUUUAAUAUCAAGACUUUCAAGGUGUGUCACGCUAUUACCGGGAGAUAUAAUUUUAACUGGAACACCGUCGGGAGUAGGAUUUGCAAGAAAUCCUCCAGAGUUUCUUAUUCCAGGUGAUAUUAUAACAAGUGAAAUCGAUGAAAUAGGUUUGAUUAAAAAUAAAAUUUUGUAA